GGUUCUGCUUUAUAAGUGAAAUGAUGAAAUAAAAACUUACAUGUAGUUCUCUACCAUGGGGAGGUUAUCGAAGUGGAGCGCAGUGGAAUACAGACUUCUUCUUUAUGUUGUCUUUUUUCUCGUGUUAAUUCAAGACAACAUUUAUAGCAUGCCUAAUCAGAAUUGGAAUUGGUUUGAGGCACAACAACACUGUAUCAAUGACAAUGGCACUCUGAAAAUUAAUCCAGUGAUGACUUCAGAUAAUGAGUACUGGACUGGUGUAUACAGACGAUAUUCAGCAAUAAUAAAAAUUUUAGGAUGUUAUAGUGUAGAUGAUCUCCAACAAACAAAGAACCUGACAUUUAUUAUGAAGUAUGCUUCAGCAGGCUUUUGUCAAGAAAUAUGUGAAGCCAUAAGUCCUUCAAACUUUGGAAUCAAGGCAAUGGAAUGUGUAUGUUUCAAAGAAACAUUGACUGCGAGGACCAUAUCCAGUACUCAGUGCAAUGAAACUUGCCCAAAGUACACAUCAGACGAUUUUUCAUUUGCUGAGUGCGGGGGAAGAAAUGCAUAUACAUUAUACAGUUCAGAUAUACAGACAAGACAAGGUUGGAUAGAGUCAAUGAACCUUUGUGAAUCUUUACUCUCACCUUCGUACCUUGUGGGAAACCUAAGUAUCUACGAUGCAAACAUUGCUUGCGAACAGUUGAAAAGAACACAGAAUGAAUCAUCGUGGAUUGGGGUAGCAAAUGAAGUGUAUGUGGGAUAUGAUCGAGGUUUUCCUUUCAACAUUUCUGAAAGCAGUUUCUUACAGUGUCGAAAAUGUAACAUGAGUAACUGUGAAUUUACAGACUGUUUUGAGAGACUAUACAAUUUCCAUUGUGAAAAGAUUAAAGAAAUUAUGCUAGAUGAAACUGAUAUCAUAAACAGAGAAAAUGAAGAUCCACCCUUUACUGUUAUUCUAUUGUCAGUUUUAGUCCUCGUCAUAGUUGGUUGUCUAGUUCUUGUAUAUACUUGUUGGAAAAUAAAGAAGAAAAAGAGAGAAAAUGCCAAUAAAAGUAAAAAUGACAGUCCACAGAAAGAGCGAUAUCAAGAUAUAGAUGAUGAGAAAAUUGUAAACACAACAAAUAAGACGGAAAAGUAUGAAGGAACGUACAGAGAAACCCCAAAUGGAACGUACGAUCAUCUCAGGACUAAAGAUGCACGGAAAAGGAUAAGUAAAAAUGAUUACGAUCAUGUUAAUUCUUCGAAGGAGGAGGAAUACGAGGGGUGUUUAAUGAAGGGAAAUAAUGAACAUAGAGAGGCUGACUACGACCAUCCUUGCAUAUCAUCUGAUUAUGGAAAGUGUGUCAUAACAGCAAAUCCAGUGGAUGAAGAAUAUGCAAAACUCUCUUCCCUUUAGAAGACUUGUCAAUUAAAAAAAAUAGAACUGCACAUUCUACACGUCGAAAAGAAUUCCAAAGACAUUAUUGUAAGAUUUCCGGAUAAAAAACUUUAUUAAAAUGGUGAAUGCUCAACGCCCCUGUGAUAUAAGUAGAAUAAUUAUAGUUUCUUACAUGUUAUUAUGUUAAAUGCAUCAUUACAUGAAUGUAUACACCCUUCACGAUAUUGUACGCAUUUUUUCAACUUCGUUGCUUGUAAAGAUAACAUGAAAAUUUCGUAUUCGUCAACAUUAAAUUUAAUAUAUAAAACAUUAAACUCUUCAUCUAUUUUAAUUUAU